AAAAUUGAAAACAAAACUUUUUACAAAACAAAUUGAAUUGUCUCGGUUUUUACCAGUAAAAUUCCUAUUUUUAUAGUUUGUAGCCCAACAAAGAUUCCAACGAUUUCAAUGACCCGACUAUAACCGGCAGAUUAACAUGGAUCAUCGACAGCACCAGUCGCUGGACGCUCCAGUACCUCAGGAAGUGCACCCCCUAGAUGCUCGGCACCGGAAGCCCAAGUCGGACCCACUCAGCUGUCCGAUAUGUGGCGUUACCCUGAGACCGCAUGAUAUCGAUCAUCACUUUGCCCUGGAGGUGGAUCGGCUCGAUAAGAUACUGAAACCGAAGAAGCAUGUUUCACAUGGACCGAUGAAUAAUGGUACUGGCAGAUUUUCCGUUGCCGACCUAACGAUGGCCAUACCCAGUGGAAGUGGAUCUUCAUCGUCCAGUAGUUCGACCGCUGCUGGUGUUGGAGUCAAUGGACAUGGUUCAAUGGAAGGCUGUAGUUCGGAUACGGUUGGAACGACUCCCUCAGUCAAUCCGGAUGAGUGCUGGGGAACUUAUCAGAAAAUUAAGAAUAACAGACAAGCUAGACUGAAGAUGAAAUCACGAAAACGUAAGCACGAGGAUAACGUAUGUCCUAUCUGUAAUAAAUUGGUUUCGGAAGAGAUGAAUAGUCACGUGGAGAGUUGUCUGCGGCCAUCGGUGGAAACUAAUGGAACUGGCAAUGGAACCAAGACAAAUGCGUCUGCAGCUGCUGAAUCCGAGGAUGAUGAUGACACGAAUAUCGAUGUGGAGGGUGAAUCUUUUGAGGUGUACGAAUGGGCUGGUCAGACCCGGGUACGAACUGCCGGGGCUUUCCAUCAGGCUGGGGCAUUUGCCAGCACAACAGUCCGUGUAACGAAUGCUGAAGAUACAGACGAUGAACUGAAUGUGGAUGGAGAUGAAACUCAGAUCUAUGGACCGCCACAAUACACCGAACGCGAUGUGAUUUAUUCUACGGUUGAGACUCACGACAAGGAUUCAUACCUUCGAGGGUUAGUCAUGGCAAAUGAGCCGACUACGGUAAAUCGAUCUCUAGGGAUUGAUAAUCCGGGAGAAGGAUCCAGUCGAAGUUUUGGCUGUAGUAAUGCUGUUCCUAGUCAUGCCGCAGAUUCGCGUAAUGAAGAAAAUUCCGAUCAAAUAAUAGAAUCACUGAAGUCCAAAAUCCGUGAAUAUGAAGGCUACAUUCAGAACCGACCAAAAUGUUUGAUCUGUAUGGAUGAUUUCAAAAAACCGGUGGUUUCCAUCUGCUGCUGGCACGUCUACUGUGAGGAGUGCUGGCUGCAUACUUUGGGCGCCAAGAAACUUUGCCCUCAGUGCAGUAUGAUCACUUCACCCACCGAUUUGAGACGGAUCUAUUUGUGAAAAAAAAAAUAGCUGACUUCCCACACGAGACGUAAAGAGUAAGUGAUCUAACACCCCAAAUACAGGUUUAACAUUCCGAACGAAUUUUAUUCUGCGGAAGCAAAACGAAACGGAGGAGCUCAAAGUUACCCAUAAAAUUUAGCAUUUUUUGGAUUUCCAGUAACGUUAGCAAAAGAUCGAGAAAAAAACAUAUACAAACAACCAUCGAAGACAAUAAUCGUCCUUAGGAACACAUUUUUCCGGUUUCUCAAACAACUUUUCUCAGUAUCUCACUAUCGGAUUCACUCUUUGUUCUGCAUAAUGGAUUUUAUUUUUCGAAUCGUUCUGAUUCAUUAAGGAGCAUUUUUUUUGUAUCUAUGCGGUUAAAUGCCAUACCUGUAACUGCAACAGACCUUCGAUUUGGAGGCUUCGCCUCAAAUAUUUCUAUGAAUGUAAGUAACUAGUGCUUAGAAUCUUAGGUUUAUCCUAGAUGCAAUCCCUCUAAAAUGUUAAAACCCAAAUUCGAUGAAGUGGUAUUUUUUUUAGCAGACACAAGAAAAACGUUUUAUUUUUUUCAAGCAGCUGUUUCUAGUAGGUAUAAUGUACUUCAAUCAUUCGUCUCUCGCGUUUACUUUAUUUGCAUGUAAGUAUUCUCGUUCCUCAUGUUUCACUGUUUAUUUUUAAUUUUUAUUAUAUCUAUUUAGAUUUUCCUAAAAAUAAUAAA